AUGGCUGGCGCCAACAAGGAGCGACCCGCCAGCACCAGGCGGAACGGGAGGAGCGAGGUCGGCCCCGUAGCGGGGCGCGCCUGCAGUCCGACAUGCAGCGACACCAAAGAGCGAGUUGCCGUCUGGGAAGCGGUGGCCGCCUACGUACGGGAGCAGCUCCUGGUGCAGAAGCCCUUCCGCCCUUCCUUUCUCUUCCACUUGCAGGGGGUCUGGAUUCCCACCUUCGGCACCUUUGACACCGUCACCAAAGAGGUCCGGACUGAGGAUGGGACCGUGACUCUGCAGUGGCCCGUGUUUAACCUGGCUUCAAACCUCACAGCCACGCACCACCUCAAGCCCCACAAGGAGUCCCUGCCAGUCCUCAGGAAGGUGGAGCCCAUGAAAUACAGCAAGGCGGCCGCAGCUGCCUCUCUGAACUGGGAGGCACUCAGGACAGGCAUCCAAAGCACCAUGUCCCUGGUCACCGGCUGCCUGCAGAAUGGGGAGAACGUUGCCAUUGUCCUAAAGGACAUCGGCGUGCUCCUCAUUGACGGACUGACCUUCCAAAUGAAAUACUUCUUUGACUUCCUGGAGAAGCUGUCAGGGAAAGAGAAAUUCGGAAGAGCUGCUUUCAAGGCCCCCUGGCUGCUGGACGUGGUGGUGUCCCGGGCGGCACCGGUGGCCUCCCUGGCGCUCUCUGGCUGCAUUGUCGUCUUUCCCAUGUUUCAAAUGGAGUUUGUACCCAAACCACCACCCGCAAUACACCGCAAGUCCUCAGGAAGCCUCUCUGGUCAGGAGACAUCAAAGAAAGAAGGCACUUUGCCACCUCUGGACCAGGGCAAGAAAGUGAGAUUUGCUGGCCGUCCAACCUUCAUCAAACGGUUGAGCUCAGACAGCGUUGAUGGAGGAGAAUUCAGACGGAUCAGGAGCUUACUGCGGAAGGAGAGCUCCAGGUUCAGUCUGCUGCCAGCGAUCCGGACAGUGCCUGAAGCCCAAGAGCAGCCGGUGACCUGCCAGCUGCAGGGGGAGGCAGGGACAUCAAGCCAACAAGACCUGUGCCGAGCACCGGGAACCAAACAUGUCAGGUUCCUUGAUAAGCAACAGGGGGCUGAAAAAGACCAGCAUGAGGGUGCGGCGCGAUUACUGCAGGCAGCCAAGGCCUCACCCCAUCACAUGUCCUUGAGGCCAAGACCGCCUUCCAGAAGAGGUUCCCAAGCUUCCUCAAGGGCUGAGUCUGCGCAGCCUCAAGGCAGACCAUCCAGGCUCCCUCUGGCAUGCGACUCUGUGAAACACUUCAGGAAGAGGGCAAGGAAGAUCAUGCGAGUGCAGAAAGCACUGAAGCAGAUGGCACCAUCACCACUGCGUGGUGAGUCCAGCCUGCCUGAGGAGUCUGCCGUCAAGCGACCUGGAUUGCUGCCACCCAUCAAAGAAGAAACGGGGUCUCCUGAGUGUCAGCCUCCGAGCACCCAAGCCCCACGCCGCAGGAAGGACACACCCUACCCACACUGGUUCAGGCCUGGGGUUGCACACAACAGACGGACUGGAGGCUGCAAGACAGAGGCAUGAAUCCCAUCGGCAUCACCGCUCAUAGUAAACCAGGCUGCCCAGGGCCCCAUCCAACCUGGCCUUGAACACCUCCAGGGACGGGGCAUCCACAGCCUCUCUGGGCACCCGGUUCCACCAUCUCACCACUCUCUGUAAAGAACAAUCCAACCUGACAUCCCAUCUUCAACUCAACACCACUUCCCCUUGGCCUGACCUUAGCUACACCAUCAAAGAGUUGUCUCCCCUCCUGUUUGGAGGCUCCCUUCGUGGACUGGAAGGCUGCAAUGAAGUCACCGCGCAGCCUUCCCUUCUUCAGGCCAAACAAGGAGAUCUAGAGUGAAGUGUAGAGGGGCAAAACCAUCA